AUGAAGCAAACGAUCUUCCUCCGGCUUUUCUUUACGCUGGCCGCUCUUUGUCCGGUGGCGGCCAUGAAGGCCGGCAGCCUCUCCGGCCGGAGCAGAGACGCAGGUGGUCCAUCCCCGGCCCCUGCCACCAGCCAGGACAUUACCGAGGCAGUGAUCGACAACAUCCAGCAUGAUGUAGAGCAGUCGCAAGACAUGCCAGAACCAGAGAGCGACACCAAAGAGGCCGAGGGGCUCGGGUUCGGCGAGUUGGCCAAGAACUUGGAGUUCCUGAUGCUCAAGGAGACCGCCGUGGAACUCCUGGAGGAGAAGACUAGCAAACAGGAGCGAAACCUUCAGAAGUGCAUGGAGGAGAAGAGCGGACCAAAGCCCCCGCCCUCGCUCGUCGAGCUGGAGGCCUUGAAAGAAGAGAGAGCUCAGCGUGCCCAGACGGUCUUAGACAAGGUCCUCCGCAAGCACGAGCACCAAAGGGAGACGCGCCAGUGGGUCACUCCGGUGUCUUUGGAGCAGCGGGAGCAGGGCUCGUCGGGCAUUAACCCGGUGGAUGGGAUUGCAAGCGCGGUCAAUGCUGCAGUGGGCAAAGUCGCAGACGCAUUGGAGAGUGCGUGCAUCCCCAUUCCACCAACACCCCACCUGACCAACGACGAAUUCGGACUCAACUUGGGCUCCUGGAAAUGCGAGGUCAAGCUCGGAGGUAAAACGAUACCCAUCAUCGACAUCAAACUGGGAAGGAUUUCGCAGGACUGGCCCCAACAUGUCAAGACGGCCAUCACCGUCGGCUCCGGGAUGAAGAAAUGUGCUGCUCAGGUUGCGGCAAGCUCGCCAAGCUCGCUCUACGGUUGCAUAUCGACCGAAGUCGUGGAGGCUAAUCCUGUGUUGUCCAUGGCAUAUGCGCUCUUCAGGGACCUGUGGAUAUGCAAUGGCAAGAAGUGGAUGAAUCCGCGCGACAACGCGGGGGAGAUCUACUCGUGCCUCGGCAACAGCUUGUUCGACAACGUCCCGCAGCUCUCCAAGGCGAAGCCUUUGUUCGACGCCACCCAGGCCUGUGAAGGCGCAAAUGCGAACACCAUGAAGUGCAUCUUCAACAACGUCAUGAAGGAUGUGCUGGGUUGCACGGAUAUGAGCUCGGCGCAGUCGGUCGCCAUUUGCCUGGGCAACAACAUGAUCAACUACGUUCCUCCCUUCACCUUCUUCAACAAGAUAGGCGACAUUAUUGGGGACAUGAUCGAGGGCUUCGCCAGGAUCGCGGCAGGCUUGAUGAAGCAGGUCCUCAAGAAGGGCCAGGCCUUGAUCCAGCAGGCCGUGUCCACCAAGUUCCCCGCCGUCGGAGAUGGUCCGAUGGUGCGCCACGAAUCCUCGAACUUGAGGAUCUACACCCACUCUGCACCUCCAAAGAAGCGGGGCAUGUCGGCCUUGCAGGAGGAGAAGCCGGGAACCGGCCUCUCGUGGGGCUUCGGCUCAGACAAAAGCCACCAGCAGACCAGGCUGAUCACCCAGUUCCUUGGCCACGAGGUGGACACCAGCUCUUGCCUUGCCUUCGCGCCCAAGAACAAGCACGGCCACAACGGACAGGCCACCCAAACGGAUUGGCAGGUUCAGAACCCGGACGACUUCGUGCCGCUCGAGCCCUGGGCCGUGCCUUGUGGCAAUGCCUGGAUGAAGGACAACGCAGACAAGUGGCAGGGCUACUCUUUUUACUCCGCCGAGAUGUUUAUCGACGAAUGUCUCACGAUCACGUACUCCAUCAACGUCCAGCCCGUCGCCGCAUUCAUAGGUGGGGUCCAAGUCAAGGUGAUGCCCGAGAAGUGGGCAGAAAUCCUAACCACUAUUUGCUGGCCCAAAAGGCGACCUGGUGGCUUGGACCUGAGCGUCCUGAAGACUGAGAUCAAGUCCCACGGCAUCCUGCUCUUCUCCCGGACCCUCCGCCUCACCAAGCGCUUCGGGGAUGGCAAUGAAUUCUUCCCGCAGAACGUGCAGGCCAGCACCAGCACCUGGAAGAAGCCGCAGCAUCCGCGUGCCACGAUGUCCAGGACCAAGCUCCUGCAGACGGCCCAGGGCCUGAACCACUCCAUCCGCUCCGAGGACGACGAAGAGCACGAGGAGAAGGAGGACGAGGGCGUGUGGGAGUGGCAGGACGACCCGGAGGACCUCUACCUGGCCUCCGGCAACUUCACCGACGACGGCCUGAACCUCACCUCCGAGCUCCGCGGGCACGCCGUCGCACAUCAUCUGGGCCUGCUGCAAGAAGCCGCCGAAGCCGGCGACUCCGAAAAGGCGCAAGGCAUCUUCGAGCUCUUCAACCUGCAGCGCGGGAACAACGAUCUCGUGAGCUUCCGCUUCCGGGCGGUCCUGGAGGGCAACAGCUUCCAGCUGCGCACGCAGAUGGGCUUCGGGCCGUUCGAGAUGCGUGAGAAGAGCAUUCAGAUCAUUAACAUCAUGGACCAAUUCAAGGUCGUGCUGCAUGCUCUUCCUUGGGUGUCCCAUCGCAGCGCGGUCUCAGCCAUGGAGGCCUUGGAGAGCUUCUCAGCGAGCAGCCUGCCGAUCGUGGAGGUUGAGCCGGGCAGCACCAUUGCGCUGAUGAACCCCACCCACAGAAGGUACGUCGAGGUGAACAGUGACGGGAAUCCUGCCAGCAGCGUCGGCUUGCACUUCAGCUUCCCUGGCCUGCCAGCGGACUGGAUCUUCGCGCGUUGGACGGUCAUCGACGUUGGCAGUGGGGAGAUCGCUUUGCACAACGCCAGGUGGAAUCGCUUCUUGUCGAUGCAUCACGGCGUCAUCUUCGGCUGGGAGGCGGCCGCCAGCGAGAUCAAGUCUGACUGGAACCACCAGCGCUGGACCGUGGUGAACCUGGGGAAGGGAGAGAUCGCUCUGUACAACCGCGCCGCGAAUUCGCUCCUGAAGAUGACUCCUCAUGGUGCGCUUCAGGCAAGUCCUCCGAAGACUCCCACGAGCUACGGUCCGAACCCGAUUCCCAGCGACUGGCUCUGGGAGCGCUUCACGGUUCAGGUCCUGAAGCCUUACUUGAGGGUUGGGGCGAAGGUGGGGCUCUACAGCCCGCAUCACAAGCGCUGGCUCACGAUGGAACAUCAUGACAUGCAAAUCAGCGUUCCGACGGCUGACGCAACCUUUCCUCACGGAUGGUGGAGGGAGCUGUUCACGGUGGUGGAUGCCGGGAACGGGCAGAUCGCCCUGCACAAUGAGCACUUUAUCCGCUUUGUGUCGCUGCAGCCUGCCCCUGAAGCAGUCAUCAACGUGAAGGCGACCGCUACCGCCGUCCAGAAGUUCGCAAACGAUCUCCCCACAUCAUGGACGGCUGAGAGGUUUGCAGUGGUUCCCGCAGGUGCUGGGCUGAUAGCCCUGCACAACACAAAGGCCAAUCGCUUCCUUCGCAUGUCCCCCCACGACAUCGACAGCAGCCCCAUCGCCAAAGCCAAUGCGCUCCAGGACGACUGGUACUGGGAGCGUUGGCAAGUGGUGGAGGUCCAAUCCGCCGCCGACCAAUCCGGGCAAAACCUCCUCCCUGGCUGGUCCACGGCAGGGAUGGCUUGA